AAAACAAACGUUGGGGGCGUUCGAGGGUGUCACGGGAGGAGGACACGGCACCGAACUGACAGCUGACAGAGAUGUCUCUCACGGUGGAAAUACGGCUAAAGAGGCCAAGCCGGAUAUACCACGAGGGUGAUAUUGUCAGUGGACUCUUAGUUCUUGACAGCAAAUCAGAGCUUCGGCACGAUGGCAUCACCCUGACAAUGGAAGGUGUAAUAAGCUUGCAACUCUCUCCCAAGAGUGCAGGUUUAAUAGAGUCUAUCGUCAACUCAUCUAAGCCAAUCAGUAUCAUCAACAAUGUAGUAGAGGUGGCAAAGUCAGGCAAAAUCCCAUCUGGCCAAACAGAAAUACCCUUUGAGCUCCCCCUAAAGGUUCGAGGCACGAAGACUCUCUAUGAGACCUACCACGGGGUGUACAUAACAAUACAGUACUUUUUAAGGUGUGAUAUUAAGAGGAGCCUGUUAGCAAAGGAUGUUACAAAGGCACAGGAGUUCAUUGUGGAGUACAAGCAAGGUGUGGGGGAGGUAGCCCAGCCAGGGUUGAUAAACUUUGAAAUGCGGCCUGAGACUCUGCCAAAUGUAAGAGACAGAGCCCGCAUCCCAAAAUUCCUUGUGCGAGGACACUUAGACUCAGAAGUGUUCUCGCUUUCCAAACCACUGACUGGAGAACUCACUGUGUGUGAAUGCGAGAGAGGAAUUAGCAGCAUUGAGCUCCAGCUGGUCCGAGUAGAGACGUGUGGAUCAGCCGAAGGAAACACAAGAGAAGCAACAGAAAUUCAAAACAUCCAGAUUGGAGAAGGUGAUGUAUGUCGAGGAAUCGCCAUACCUAUUUACAUGGUCUUUCCAAGAUUAUUUACUUGCGCGACAACUUUUGCCCCCAAUUUUAAAAUAGAAUUUGAACUGAACAUUGUCAUUAUAUUUGACAACGACCAUCUAGUUGUUGAAACUUUUCCCAUUAAACUUACACGUCACUGAGGCAUAAUGGAUCAUUUUUACCUGGUAUGUUGAAAGGCUUAUUUUGUAAUGCAAAGU